AUGGAUUCUGCCUCAAUGAUUUGGGAUAAUCAACAAACAAUCAUGUUUGAGGAAAAAUUGAUAAAAAAGAAGACAUCUUGGUUUAAAUAAUUAUUCUUUGUUUAUAUAUAUCCAAUAAUGAAGGUAAUAUUAUAGAAUGAACCUUUUUAGAAAGCUAAUAAAUCAGGAUUGGAUGAAAGUUAAAUCAAUUAACUUGAGACUUCAGAAUAAUCAUAUGUGCGACAUCAAUAGUUUUCUGAACAUUUAAAAUUCAAUAAUCAGAAAAAUUUAGUUAAUUUGAUAUUGUAAUAUUAUUUAUGUAAAUAUUUAUUGAUGAAGGAUAGAAUAUUUUUUAAAAGGAUUUUUAAUAUAAUUACUAGUACUUUUUAGUCAAUUAGCUAUGCCUUUAUUAACAAAAUAUAUUAUUGGAUUUAUUUAUGAGACAGAUAAGGAUUAUCAUUAGGCUUUCUUACUUAUUUUUUUAGUGAUAUUAAUUAGAAUUAUUAAUUUGUUAUCUAUGUCUCAUUCUAGAUUUAUGAUGGUAAAUAAAAUUAUUGAUUUAAUUAAGAAAAUCUAUGGUUAUGAUAUAAUGUCAGUAAUUAGUUUGGAAAUUAUGAAUAAAUGUCUUAAAAUUUCAUUAUUAAGCAAUACUGAAAAAUCAAUAGGAGAGAUUACUAAUCUAAUUUAAGUUGAUGUAUAGAGACUAAUUUAGGUUCCAAAUAAUGUUGUUAAUAUGAUUAUUAUUCCAAUACAAUUAUGUAACCGUUUCUUUUUAUAUAGGUAUUACAUUAACAUACAUCUAUGAAGCAAUAGGAAUAUCUGUACUUGUAGGAAUAAUAAUUAUAAUUUUGAGUAUAAUUUAGAAUAAUUACGUUGGUAAAUAAAUUGUUGAGGCCUAAAAAAAAGUAUUAAAGUCAAAGGAUAAUAGAGUUAAAGAAACUACAGAAAUCUUUUAAUUAAUUAAAUUCAUUAAAAUUAAUGCAUUAGAAUAAUAUUUUCUAAAUAAAAUAUACAAAUUAAGGCAGAUUGAAUUAGAAUGUAUAAAAGACAGACUAUAAUACUUUUCUAUAAAUGUAUUUAUGGGUUGGCUAUCCCCUUAAAUGAUAUUAAGCUUUACUUUUGGACUACAUGUACUUUUGGGAAAUUAAUUAAUUCCAAGUAUGACCUUUCCUAUAAUUGGAUUAUUAUCUAUUUUAGCAGCAAGUCUUUAAUUAUUACCAAUUUCAUUAAAUGAUCUUUUAGAAACCAAAGUAUCUCUAAAAAGAAUAUAAGAUUUUUUAGAUAGUGAUGAAUUAAUGAAUGAUCUUUAUUGUGAUUAUAAAAAAGUUGUUAAUUCUGCUUUAGAAAUAGAUUAAGGUAAUUUUUAUUGGAGAAAGGAUUGUAAUUAAGAAUAAUUAAUCUUAAAGAAUAUAAAUAUAAGUGUAGAGAAGGGAAAGUUUGUAUCAAUAAUAGGAGAUGUUGGAUCUGGGAAGUCUUCAUUGAUUUAAUGUCUUUUAGGAGAGAUGAUCUAUAAUAUUGAUGAUAAUAAACCUAUAAUUAAUAUGUCUGGACCAAUUGCAUAUGUUGGAUAGAGACCAUGGAUUUAAAAUGCAACAGUUUAAGAAAACAUUUUAUUUGGUAAACCAUAUGAAGAGAAACUUUAUGAUUAAGCUAUUAAAUACUCAUGUUUGACUUUGGAUUUAGAAAUAUUAGUUAAUGGAGAUCAAACUAUGAUUGGAGAAAAAGGAAUUAAUUUAUCUGGAGGAUAAAAGUCUAGAAUAAGUUUAGCAAGAGCUAUCUAUAGUUAAGCAGACAUCUACUUAUUUGAUGAUCCAUUAAGUGCUGUUGAUGCUCAAGUUGGUCAUUUUAUAUUAAAAGAAUGCUUUAUCAAUCUAUUGAAAGGAAAAACAAGAAUUUUAAUUACUCAUGCAUUAAAUUAUUGUAAAUAUACUGAUUAUAUUUAUUUAAUGUAAAAGGGAGAAAUCAUAGAAGAAGGAGAUUAUUAGAAGAUGUAGAAUAAUUUAAUAUAUUAAGAAAUAGAAAAGAAAUUUGAAUUUGAUAUUUAAUAGGAAGAAAAUUAAGAGUAUACUAAAAAGAAUAAUAUUUAAUUAAUAGAUGAAAAGGAUAUUGAAUAAAAUUAAGAAUAAAUUAUAGAUAAUAAUAAAAUUAGAUCUGAUUUAAUGACUGUUGAAGAAAGAAAGAAAGGAGAAAUAGAUUCAGAAGUAUAUGUUAAAUAUUUGUAAUACAAAAAGAAUUUAAUCAAUUAAUUUAUUCUAUUUAUUGUUAUGUUAAUUUGGAUUCUCAGUUAAAUUAUAGCCAAUUUAUGGAUAACUGAAUGGACAAGUCGUUAUGCCUCAUUACGAGAUCAUUAUGCAGAGAUCACUUACUUUUGGGUGUUUUUAUUAUUAGGAUUUAUACAGUCUUUAUUUGCUUAUCUUAGAGCUGCAAUGAUUGUAUCAUAAAGUAUAAAAUCAUCUUCCCAAAUACAUAAUGAUAUGAUCAACUCUUUAAUGUUUGCACCUCAAUGUUAAUUCUUUGAAAGAGUACCACUUGGUAGAAUUAUGAAUAGAUUAACUAAAGAUAUUAAUUCUUUAGAUGUUGAAAUACAUAUUAAUAUUGCAUAAUUUUCCACUAAAAUAAGCUAAAUACUUAGUAAUAAUCUAUUAAGUAUUUAUGUUAGUACAUACUUACUCAUUUUUCCUUUAACUAUCUUCUUUUAUAUAUGCUUGAAAAUCUAAAGAUUAUAUAUGAAAGCUAGUCGAGAAUUAUAAAGAUUAGAACUUAUAAGUAGAAGUCCAAUUCUGAGUUAUUUUACUUAAUCUUUGAUGGGAUUAACAACUAUAAGAGCUUUUUCUUAAACAGAUUUUGUAAUGAAGGAGUUUUCAUAGAAAUUAGAUAAUAAUAAAUAAAUUGUCUAUUAUUCAACAGCAGCCAGUUCGUGGUUUCUAUAAAUCUUGGGAUUAGCUAGUCUAAUAGUAAAUACUUUUGCAAUUGCUUAUUGUAUCUUAUUUACUAAUAAUCCUUCAUUUGCAGGGUUGAUAUUAACAUUUGCUGCUAGUUUGGAUAGAAAUGUUCAAUAAACAGUUGAUUCUUUAAGUUUGUUAGAAAAUAACAUGAUAUCCUUUGAAAGAUGUUUGGAAUAUACUAAGAUAGAACCAGAAAAUUUGACAGAAAUAAAAACUGUCGAAGAAUCAUGGCCAAAUCAAGGAAGAAUUAAAUUUGUUAAUUAUUCAGUAAAUUACAGAAAUAAUCUGCCUUUAGUACUGAAAAACUUAAGUUUCUCUGUAAAUUCUAAAGAGAAAAUAGGUAUAGUAGGUAGAACUGGAGCUGGAAAAUCAUCUAUAACUCUGUGUAUUUUAAGAAUUCUAGAAGCUGUUUCAGGUCAUAUAGAAAUAGAUGAUAUUGAUAUCUCAAAAGUAUAAAUUUAAAAGUUGAGAUCAUCAAUUACAACUAUGCUAUAAGAUCCAGUGAUUUUUACUGGAACAAUCAGGUAAAAUUUAGAUCCCUUAAAUACAUGUAGUGAUUAAGAAGUAAUGAAGGUAAUUGAAGAAUGCUGUCUAUUAUAAUUGAUUAAUGAUAGGAAUGGAUUAGAUACACCUAUAAAUGAGGGAGGUGAUAAUUUGAGUGCAGGUGAAAAAUAAUUGAUUUGUAUUGCAAGAGCUAUAUUGAAAAAAAGCAAAAUAGUUUUAAUUGAUGAAGCCACAGCAAAUAUUGAUAUAGAGACUGAAUAAAAAAUAUAAUAGACUAUUUAGAGAUUAUUCAAGGAUUGUACAGUACUUACCAUAGCUCAUAGAAUAAAUACUAUAUUACAUUGUGAUAAGUAAAUUUAGAUUAAUAUAAAUUUAAUAGAAUUCUAGUGAUAAGUAAAGGAGAAUUAAAAGAAUUUGGAUCUACAAAUGAACUAUUAAAUGAUAAAUCAUCUUUGUUUUAUGACAUCUAUUAAGAAGCUAUGAAUAAUAAUUGA